GAACAAAGCAGUAGUAGUGGCAGUCUCCAACGAGUCAGAGUCUACCGCUAGCUGUGUCCCUGUCUAGGCGGCGGCGCGACGGCAGAAGGGCGAGAGCGAGGCGAGGGGGGCAGCGGAGGCGUGACUCGACGGGCGGACGGACCUCCGCGCAGAUUGCACGAGUGCCCUGCCUGAGUGCUGCUUCUUUGAUCGCACGCGCACACGCUCAAAGCUCAAAAGGCGCCGGGGGAGCAGCCGGCCCAGCCGCGCUCUGCAUCACACGAACAACGAUGGACGCACAAGGCGUCGGCUGUUCAGCCGUCUGGCAAGGCCUCGACUGGUCGCCAUGCUUCCGGCAGCGAUUCCUCAAUGGCGCCGUGCCCCUCGCUGCGCUGGCCGUGUCGCUGGCCAUCGUCUCGAUCCAGCAGGCCCUCUCUAACCGGCGCCACAGGGAGUCGGCCGUGCGCGUGGCCACGCUCGACCCGACGUCGAGCAGCAUCGUCCUGCCCCACGAGAAUGGCUUGGAUGGUUUGGGAGAGGAGGAAGACGACGACGACGAAGACAACAGCGCGCCGCCGCUCGUUCCCCUGCGCAGGAGGCCGGGCAUGGUCGAGCGGGCACUGACGCUCAUCAUGCCAUGGAAUGCACCGUAUAUUGUCGCCAAGCUCAGCGCGCCCAGCAGGCAGAAAAAAAAGAGGAGAGGGAGAAGAAGGAGACGACAACACACUUCCUCGUCCUCGGUAAUCCCAGCAGACGAGGCAGCCGACAAGGUCGUCUUCCACACGGAGAACGCCGUCAUUCUCAACGAGGUGCACACCAACAUGGCCAAGACGCUGGCCGACGACUCGCUGCGCGCCUCGGACGCCGAGGUCGUCAAGCGCGUCUGGGAAGCCCUCGGCAGCAUCGCCCUCGCCGGCACCUGCGUGGCCCAGCUCGCCUUUGACGGACCCGUCUACUCGUCGUCGUCGUCCAGCUGGGCCUGGCUCGCGCUGUGGACGUACCUCUCGGUGCUGAGCACCGUGUGUUUGUGUCUACGGCGCUCCCUUUUCACCCACAAGGCGCUCCUCUUUGCGCUCGCCACGCUCGUCUCGCUCUCCAAUCUGCGCUCGAGCAUCGUCGCCACCAACAGCAGCAGGACGAGCAUCGUGUUUGCCGCCAUCGAGUGUAGCCUGUGCCUGGCCACGCUGCUGCCCAGCCUCGUGUUCCCCCUCGAGCUGCGCCUGCCCUCGCGGCUGCGCGCCAUUCACCAGACGAUCAAGGCCCAGAAGGCCUAUGGCGAGGCCCGCACGGCGAUCCCCACGCCCCGCGUGCGCCACUCUCCCUCGCAGACGCCCUCUCUCGAUGGCGCUCAUGCGCACGAGGACAUGCUCGCCGCGCGUCUGGCCGCCAUCGACGGUGCGCAUACAAAGGCAUCCGAAAAGGCUGCCAGUCUGCUUCCCUCGCCCGAGAACCGGGCGCCGCUGCUGUCGCGCGCCCUCUUCAGCUUCGUCACGCCGGCCAUGCUCAAGCACUACCGCAUCCAGUUCACCCUCGAUGCGGUCCCGGACCUGCCCCCAGCCGACCAGGCCGCAUGUGUCGUCGCUGCUUUCCGUGCUGAUGGCGACGCCGCCGCUGUGGGCCGCGCUGCCCCUGCCAGCCAGGUCAGCGAGGACGACGACGACGACGACGACGACGACGACGACAGAGACGACGAAGAAGAAGGAAGAGGGAGAAGUGAGGACGGGGGGCAGACGGGCGAGCAUCUGGCGCCAUCGCACCGCUCGCUCGCUGUCCGCCUCCUCAUCCACUUUCUCCCCCUCGUCCUCCUCCAGCAAGCCUGGGCCGUCAUGGAGGCUGUCUUCAACCUCACGCCUGCCGUCGGCCUUCGCUUCGUGCUCGGCUACAUCGGCGACCGCUCCCGGGACGGCACCAGCACGACGCCUGUUCACAUGGCCGUGCUGUAUGCGACGGGCAUGCUCGUGGGCCAGAUCAUCGCUGCGACGUGCACCUCGCAGGCGCUCCUUGUGGGCCGGCGCAUGUGCAUCCGCCUGAAGGCCAUCCUCAUCUUUGAGAUCAUCAACAAGGCCCUCCGUCGCCGCGACACGGGCGGUGGCACAGAAGCGUCGCCCGAAAAUAACGACGACGCGUCGCCGCAGCAGCAGCAGCAAAAGGACGGACACAAGGGAGGCAACGACGGAGGAAAGGGAGAGCAGCAGCAGGGCAGCCUCGGCGGGCAGCAGGGCGGGCGCGCGUCCGACGGCGAGGUCACCAACCUCGUCUCCGUCGACGUCUUCAAGGUCUCCGAGGUGGGCGCUUACCUGCACUUUCUCUUUCCCAGCGCGCCCCUCCAGAUUGUCCUCUGCGUCUACCUGCUCAUCAACCUCCUCGGCUGGUCGGCCGUCGGCGGCGUCGCCGUCCUUGUGCUCUCGCUGCCGCUCCAGACGCUCAUCUCGCGCCUCUUUGUCCGGCUCCAGCGUCGCCUCCUCGAGGCCACCGACCGCCGGCUGAACCUGACGUCCGAGGUGCUCAACUGCAUCAAGACGGUCAAGUUCUUUGCUUGGGAAAAGUCGUUUGAGAAGCGCCUCGACGACGCGCGCGAGAGGGAGCUGGCCGUGCUCUAUAUGCGCCUGGGUGCUUGGCUCCUCGGGGCGGCCACGUACAUCGGCAUGGCCAUGGUCGUCAGCCUCGUCACCUUUGCCGUCCACGUGGGCGUGCUGCACCGGCCCUUGCCUGCCGAGGUCGCCUUCACCGCCAUGGCUCUCUUCAACGCCCUGCGCCACCCGCUCGAAGCGCUGCCGGACAUGCUCGUCAACGUCCUCACCUCGCUCGUCUCCAUCCGCCGCAUCGACCACUACCUCCAGGAGGCCGAGACGGAAAAGUACCGUCAGUUGCUCGGUGGCGGCGGCGGCGGCGCUGGCGAUGGUGGGCCAGCCUCUGCGACGAGGAUGCGGCAGGCGGCCACCAGCGACCCCGUUGUUGGCUUCCGCGAUGCCACCUUCACCUAUGCCGAGAACGAUGAGGCCAAGGUAGAAGACGAGAGCCCAGCGCCCUUUCAGCUCAAGGACCUCAACCUCGCCUUUCCCCUCGGCAAGCUCUCCGUCGUCGCUGGGCCUGUUGGGUGUGGCAAGACGACGCUGCUGAUGAGCCUGCUUGGCGAGACGCGCCGCCUGCGUGGCACGACAUUCAUGCCCUGCGCCGUCGCCCGCUCCCUCGUCGACGUCGAUCCACGCACCGGGCUGUCCGAGACGGUGGCCUACUGCUCCCAAUCGCCGUGGCUGCUCGGCGCCACCGUGCGCGAGAACAUCCUCUUUGGCCAGCCGUACGACGAGGCACGCUACCGUGCCGUGCUCCACGCCUGCGCCCUCGAGGCCGACCUGGCCAUCCUCGAGUACCACGACGAGACCGAGGUCGGCGAGAAGGGCACCUCGCUCUCGGGCGGCCAAAAGGCCCGUCUGGCGCUCGCCCGGGCCUUGUACUCGCCUGCGCGCUACCUCCUCCUCGACGAUGCACUGAGCGCCGUCGAUGUGCACACGGCCAAGCACCUCUUCACCCACUACCUCAAGGGCGACCUCAUCCGCGGCCGCACCGUCAUCCUCGUCACCCACGCCGUCCAGCUCUGCCUGCCUGGCGCGGCCUUUGCCGUCGCACUCGACGAUGGCCGCGUCGUCGCCGCGGGCACGCCCGCCGAGGUCCUGGCCACGGGCGUCUUUGACGACGACGACGCUCCUGUCGUUUCCUCAAGUGGCAAUGGCAAUGGCAAUGGCAACGACAGCACGAAAGACAACAGAGGCAGAAGGGACAGCAACGGCAGCCCCGCCGAGGACGCCAUCAAGGCCGACGGCGGCGACCCGUCGGACGAGCCGCCGCUGAUCGAGGAGCUCGACGAGGGCGCGCGCGCCGCCGAGCAGGACGCCAUCAAGAAGCGCCAGGAUAAAAAAGCACUGUAUGCAAACGAGGAGACGUACGCCAAGGGCAGCAUCGGCAUCAAGUCCUACAAGCUCUAUCUCAGCAACUUCUCCACGUCGCGCCUCGGCCUGCUGGCCUACUGGGUCAUCGGCAUCGUUGUCUUUGUUGCUGCCCGGGGCAUGGACGUCGUCGCCACCGCGUGGCUGCGCCGCUGGGCCGGCUCCUACGACGAUCCCCAGCAGCAGCAUCAUCUGCAGCAGGAGCGUCAAGAGUCCGGCGCAGCAUCGCUGGGCCUGCUCCACGCAUCGUCAAGGGUUAUGGGCAUGGCCACCACGCUGGCCGUCUCGGUCGCCGACGAUGCGCAGCGCUGGCUCAGCAAUUCGCCUGCGCCCGUUAUUCAAAGCAGCAACCAGCUGGUCAUGGGCAUGGACAUGGGCAUGGGCACGGGCACGAACAUGGGGGAGCAGAUGCUGUUCGAAGACCGCACGCGGUACUACCUCACCGGCUAUGCGCUCCUCGUCGUCCUCUUCAUCCUCAUCGGCGUCCUGCGCGACGCCAUCGGCCUCUAUGGCGCGCUCCAGGCCUCGCGCUCCCUCUACCGCCAGCUCAUGACGACGAUCAUGCGCGCACGGCCCCAGUGGUUCGACCGCACCCCCGUGGGCCGCAUCAUGAACCGGCUCAGCAAGGACAUCGAGACACUCGACCAGGAGCUCGCCCCGCAGCUCAUCUUCUUUAUAGACGUGUGCAUCCAGUCGACGGUCAUUCUCAUCGUCAGCUGCUACGCCGUGCCGGCCUUUACGGUCUUUUCAGCCGUCGUCAUUGUGCUCUACUACGCCAUCGGCGCCCUCUACGUCGUCAGCUCGCGCGACUUGAAGCGCAUCGAGAGCGUCACGCGCUCGCCCAUCUUCACCCUCGUCGGCGAGGCCCUCAGCGGCGCCGUCGUCAUCCGUGCCUACGGCGACGCCUCGCGCUUCACGCGCCACUGCCUCCGCCUCAUCGACAAGACCAACCGGCCGUUUUUCUUUCUGUGGUACGAGAACCGGUGGCUGAGCCAGCGCGUCGACAUGCUCUCGAGCUUUGUUACUUUUGGCAUGGCCCUCAUCCUCAUCUACAGCAAAGACGUCGACGCUGCCAAGGCCGGCUUUGUCCUCAGCUUCACCAUUCAGCUCGUCGAGGCCGUGCUGUGGGUGCUGCGCAUGUAUACCAACAUCGAGAUCAACGCCAACGGCAUUGAGCGCAUCGCAGAGUACCUUGCCGUCGAGCCCGAGCGCCAUGAGGGGACAGACCCGCCCGCGGCGUGGCCGACCAAGCACGGCGGCCUCCACGUCGAGUCGCUCUCGGUGCGCUAUGCGCCCGAGCUGCCCCUUGUGCUGCGCGGCGUCUCGUUCAGCGUCGCGCCGGGCGAAAAGGUGGGCAUCUGUGGGCGCACCGGCUCGGGCAAGUCCUCGCUCGCCCUCGCCCUCUUUCGCUUUCUCGAGGCCGAGCAGGGCCGCAUCGUCGUCGACGGCAUCGACAUUGCCACGGUGCCCCUCGAGACGCUGCGCAACCGGCUCACCGUGAUUCCCCAGGACGCCCAGCUGUUUUCCGGCACGGUGCGCAGCAACCUCGACCCGUUUGGCACGUGCGAGGAUGCCGAGCUGUGGAAUGCUCUUCAGCGCUGCCAGCUCGUCAAUGUCUCGAGCGCCGGCAGCCGCGCAUGUACCCGGCCCUCGUCGCCCAGCGGCGGCGGCGGCGGCGGCGGCGGCGGCGAAGAAGCAGGAGGGACACAGGCGGUGACGAUGACAAACGUCAUCACGAGCCUCGAAAUGGCCGUCGAGCAGGGCGGCAAGAACUUUUCGGCGGGCCAGAAGCAGCUCCUGGCCCUGGCGCGGGGCCUUAUCAAGCUGCGCCACUCCAACGUCGUCGUCCUCGACGAGUCGACGGCGAGCCUGGAUGCGCACUCGGACGCGGCCAUCCAGCGCACCAUCCAGGACGAGAUGGCCGACGCGACGAUUCUCACCGUCGCACACCGCAUCCGCGGCAUCGUCGGCUACGACAAGGUCCUCGUCCUCGACCACGGCACCGUCGUCGAGUAUGGCGCCCCGCUCGAGCUCAUGCUGCGGAGCAGCGAGGGCAGUGCGUUCAGGGACCUCUGCCUCCGCAGCGGCGAGUUUGACGCUCUGGAGGAGAUUGCCAGAGAGGCCGAGCGCAAGCGGCGAGAAAAGGCUGCGCGGCCGACAUAGAGAGCGGUCACGUCAUUUCGUCAAUCGUCAUUCAGAUGCUUGUGUUACCAUACUUGUGCGGUGUAUUGUAAUGCAGAGUGGGACCUGUCAUACAGUCAUACAAGGCAGGAUGAGAGCGAGAACGGGAGA